AUGGCACACUUCAUGGAAGGACAACAGCGCGAAUCGGAUCCAUGUCGCACAAUUGCAUACAAUAGAAGUAUUAGUAAGCGUUAUGUCUCUGUUUUUUACGAAUGUUUAUCAGAUGGCAAGGCAUUGGUGCAUCAACUUCAAGUUAAUUAUAUUCACCAGCUCAUACAGGCACGCGUAGUAGAAAAUCCAAAUGCACUAAGCGAGGUAUAUUACUGUUUGCACUACUUUUGUCAGUCUCUGCAGCUAAAAGUACCUUACACACAAACGCGACGUCUCAGCUAUGAACGUUUGGAUGACAAUAUUGCCAUUGAAGAAUAUGUACCAGGUGUGAAAAUAAUUGCGCACACCGGCAUGCUAAAGUGCCACGUGCCAAAGCAUCUGGACUGCCCCAUUAUGCCCGAAAUGUAAACUUUCUUCAACGCCGAUAAAAAUUAAUUCCAGAAAAUUAUGUCCGAACUAAGGUAACUAUGCUUUCCAGCCUUUAUCAGCGGCUACAACCGAGAUAUAACCCUUCCUAACGUUGCCGGAUAAUCUGUUUAUGCAACUCGGACGACAUAAAAUUUACGUUAAAUUGCAUCGACAUCUCAAUGUUACCAAUGUACCCCUAUUCUGCAACACUUUCGUAUUCGGAUUUUUCGGAUCAGCCUUGAAAU